AUGACUUACGCUAAAACAACUCCGGCUCCGAUGCGCCGGGAUUCCUUGACCGAGGAGGGAAACCUCUCGGACGACUUGAUGAUCCCGGAUCAAGAUGAUGCCCAGGCUUUUCUACAGCCCGCCAUGAGCGCGGCAGCCAGUCACCUCACCUCUUUACACACGCCCGCAAUCGAAAAGGCGGCAGCCUUGAAAGGCCUAGGAGUCAAUGGCUUCUUUGACGACCCCGAGCUUCGCGUGUCCGGCGACGAAAAUAGAGACAGCGAUGGUGACGGAGACGGAGACACAACGCCGGAAGCAGCAACAUCGCCCAAGUCGCCUUCGCAGUUCCCGAGAAAACCCACCAUUCAGCUGGGGCCUGUGCCCAAAGACGAGCCUCGACGACUUGCUCCUCCCUCUCCGUGGAAGUCUCAGCCGGGGACAAAAGACGGAGGGCACUUCAGCGACGCCCGCGGCAUUCUCCAAGCUGCUUUUGAGCCCACGCGCCAACGCUCGAGAUCCGCCGGUCAGGAAGCCUUGAAGAAGCUUCAACAGGCGUCGUCACACUUCCUGCCGUCUCUGCCCAAGGGCAAGUCGUUUCUGUCCAGUUUCACAGACAGCAAGCAAAGCCAGCGCAGUCGAUCGACUUCCCGACGCCUUGGCCAAGCUUCGUCAGCUUCGAAUUCUCCUCCGUCUCAGAGCCCAGCAAACGGGCACUUGGAUCCAAAUGCUGCCGCUGAUGCAGAGUCACGGCCGCAAUUGCUGCGCAGGGUGACAUCUGACGACAGCAUGCUCUAUCACAGCUUGUCUCGCGCCUCUUCCCUGGGUGAUAACGAUCGCUUCACCGACGUCCGCAGUCAAGUCAACGUUCGGUUCAUGGCCAUCAAGGACAGCUUGCCCGACGUGCCCAACUUCAAGAUGCCCAGCAUCCCCAGCCUGGCCAAGCUGCAGGCGGUGUCGAGGAGAUCAACCAUCUCUCUCAACAACAUCUUCUUCAACGAACCAGCCACACAGUCCAAGCAGAAUCUGGACCAGGAGCCGACGACAAGCAGCAACGCCAAGGACGACUCGGAACGCCUCGACCGCGUGCUGGAGGAGCUGACCGGAGACAUUGUCAUCAUGGGCGGCUACCGCGGCUCGAUCCUGCGGUCUGCCGAGCCUCCUCACCAGCAGCUGUGGGCGCCGGUCAAGCUGGGGCUCAACAUGCGAAAGGCCAACCUCGAGGUGGGCCUGGACGACGAGGACGAGGAGACAAUGGAGGAGCGCAUCAUUCCGUCGGGCAUGUUGCAGCACAUUGGGCCCAUUGACAUCUCGCGCAAGUUCUUCAAGAAGCUACGCUCGUGCGAGAACUAUAGGAACGGCCGCCUGCGCGUGUGGGAUUACGGUUACGACUGGCGCCUGAGCCCGUCGCGGCUGUCCAAGAGGCUGCAGGACUUUCUGCAGACGCUGCCGUCGAACCAGCCCGGCGUGCCCGCAGAGUCUCGCGGCGCCAUCGUCGUCGCCCACAGUCUCGGCGGGCUCAUCACGCGCCAUGCCGUCAACGAGCAGCCGCACCUGUUCGCAGGCGUGCUGUACUGCGGAACGCCGAUGCGGUGCAUCAACAUCCUGGGCCCGUUGCGCAACGGCGACGCCGUGCUGUUCAACGACAAGCUGCUGACGGCGCAGGUCAACUUCUCGAUCCGCACCUCGUUUGCGUUGCUGCCCGACGACGGCUUCUGCUUCGUCGACCGGUACACAGGCGAGUCGUAUCCCGUCGACUUCCACAACCCGGACAAUUGGGUCAGGUGGCAUCUCAGCCCGUGUCUUGCACCGCCGCUGCCACCGUUUAAUCGCCCAGCGACGCACUCGCCCCUGGCCGCCCUCUUCCCCAACAGCCUGUGGCCCCGUGGCAGCGAUGGCCGCGUCGACAAGAGGAGGAACUCCAUGUCAGGGCCCGAUUCCGCCCCCAAGGAAAUCACAAACAACAUCCAGAACCGCGCGUCCAUGGCUCCGCGACUCGACGGUCAGGCCCCUUAUUCCAACAGCGCCCUCCCGCCAUCUCCUCCCUCGUCCGAUAUCGAUCCGGAGCGCUUCCGUCGCAAUUACGAGUACCUCAGCCGCACCCUGGCCUCCAUCAAGCAGUUUCGCUCCGAGCUGGCGCACAUCCCCGCCCAUCAAGACGCCAACGCGUAUCCGCCCCUGGCUGUGAUUUACUCCAAGAGCAUUCCCACCGUGUACGCCGCGCGGGUCAACGGCCGAGAUGCGAUCCCUUGUGCCGACGCUUACGACGAUCUGGUCUUUCGGCCUGGUGACGGUGUCGUGCUGGCAAAGGAGAGCAUGUUGCCGGAAGGAUACUCGAUUGCAAAGGGCGGCAGGGUGAGCACUGAGCGAGGUCACGUCUCCAUGAUGGGCGACAUGCCAGCCUUGGGGAAGGCAUUGGGAGCGUUGGUCAGGGGAAGACGAAAGGGCAUCGGAUAUGGCGCUGUGAGCCCAGCAGCAGCAUCAUCAUGA